UGAGAAUAUUUCUUCUGUCUGUGAUAGACCACGGGUUGACAGCUCUGGGGGAUGGUUGAUGAAGGUGGCGUUGGUUAGGCUGACAUUCUUUUCGAAUCGGUAUAGAUCCCUUCUCGGAGAUAGAUUCUUGCAAAUUCUGGAUGUUAAUGUCCUCCUGCCUCGUCCAUCUUUACUAUCUUUAUCUUUUCAAUCUACCGCUCGAUAUUUUUCAGCCUGUACUAACGAAACGCUCUAACGUUUUAUAAUUAAUCGAGUAUAAGGUGCAGAAGUUUCUCGCACGAUACCCCUCCACUGGAAAGUUUAUUAUUUACGGGUAGAAAUCUAUCGGUAUCGAUUAACCAACGGGUUGAAAACUUGCGUGAAGUUGCUUGAAAUCUUUAGCGAGAUUUUUUGUAUACUUUGAGUAUUGCCCCUGUUUCACCUAACUAUUUAAAUAGGCACCUGUUCGUACAUAUAUUCGUGGAUUAUGCUUCUGUUUCUGUAUUCCUGUCUCUCUAUGAUAAUAUUUAUAUCGACAAAAACAGGUAUUCCAAUAAUUAUUAUAUUUUGCAGCGGGACUAAUAUAUCUUUUACUCGUUUAAUCGCCUAUGUUCUCCAACUGCUUUUUUCAAAUGUCUUCUAAAGAGGAAUUCUUUUAGCGGAAAUCUUAUCGCGAUAUUACGAAAAUUACUAUGUCAUUGAAACAAUGCGUUUUUCAAUAGUUGCAGAAAAAUUACGAUAUCGUUUGUUUAUGAUCAAUCGCUAGUGACGAGCUGAUAUCAUCGACUAUUUGUACAACCCACUAUCUAUAAUCGAGCGAACACGCGUUAAUUGUCUUAGAAGAACUUCUUUAUCGUAGAUAGACGAGCUUCUGUUCCUGAUAGACACCGAAAGGAUAGCCAACUAUGAUACCUUCGAUUCAGUAUUGCAACUGUCGUUUUUCCGCGAACACGUGUUCUUCCUCUAUAACCGCGAUAUCCUGGUUGCGCCAUCGUAUCUUUCCUCCCUUUGGUCGAGGUGGACGUUAAUUAACGUAAUUAAUGGAUAAUGUAAACUGGAACGGUCGUUAAUCGGGCUCAAUCUUCUAAAUCAUGAACGAUCAAUUGCGAAUCGGACCUAAUUCGUGCACGAUUAAUUAUGCGUAGUUAUCGUUCAUCGUGUGCGUGUUGAUCGAAUCCGAUCGGGAGUGCUGGCUCGUUCGCGAUCAUUCCUGACAAUUAACGAUUCUCCAUUAUGAUCGUACCGAUGAACGAAGACGCGUACAAGAGGCGCUCGACGCAGAUGUCGGUCUACAUCGGUGCUACUCCCAUUUACUUGUUGGAUGACGAGAGCACCCGCGAUCCACCGUCGUACAGACCGUGGUACAGUUGGAUCUUCCACGUACUGUGCGAACCUAUUCGAAAGAAAUGGAACGCGAACAGAGUAUACGUACACGAAAUACCAACGACGUGUGUGUUGCCGACACAACAGAAAGGACCACAAGAUAUCGAAGCUCAUCCAUUAACCAACAGUGUUCCUAGUCUCGUAAAAAUAUUACUGGUCUUCCCUAAAGAUGACCAACAAAUGGACAUUCUCGCCACCACUUCGAGGCGACUGGGGUGGAGCGUGUCGGUGGCGAAGGACGCGGAAAAAGCGGUGGAAUUUUUCCAAAAUCGAAGUCACGAGCUAGUGAUCAUCGAUCACCGAGGACAGCGUGCUGCAGAGGCCAAUACGAUUUGUAGGUAUGGAGAAUUACUUGAAGAAAAAAAGAAAAAAAAAAAAAAAUAUUGGAAGGAAGUUUGGAGAGAUUGGAAUUCAAAAUUCCAAGGAACCAUGUAUUUCUGUUUCAGAGCUAUUAGGUCUAGUCCCGCUUAUCAUAAUUCCGUAAUUAUAGCUCUUGUAAAGAAAUCGUACCUCAUGCAUGGCGAGAAAGAUAAAAUCGUAGGAUUGGAUUUACUGGAAACAGGAUUUACCAGUGCUCUAAUGGAAUGCUCCCACGAGAGAAUCCUAAUAAACGAGCUAGUGGGAAUUUAUGCCAGCGCGCUUUUACCAAGGACUCAACUGGCAGCUGCCAACGCGCUGUAUCUAGCUCUUGACAGAUGCCGUGACAUGGUACACGUGACGAACGAUAAACACAUUGUACAGUUUGUUAAUAAAAUUAGCGAGAAAUUACUAGGUUAUAAGACCAGCGAAAUCUUGGGGAAAACCAUCGCGGAAAUAGUGUUCUACGAUAAUUUUCUUCUAAUGGAGCAACACAUAAGCAAAGGCCGGGAAUUCGAGGGGAAUAUGAACUGCAAAAGGAAGAACAAUCAAAUGAUCACGAUCAGCUGCAGGGUGAUACCUUUCAGUAUUAGUUUAAAAAAACCGACACAUUAUAUUUAUAUAUACGAUACAACGUAUUUGUCAGAAAACAUUGAUUCAUUAAGCCCGAGUACGUCUCAAAUCACUUUUGCAAGGCCAACUGUCAUAUCUCAGAGGAGGGCGUCUGAUAUAAAGUCAUCUAGCGAAGGCCGCAGGCGAUCCAGUUUACAUAAGCUACACAGUUUGCAAUUGGAAGCACCGAUUACAAAAGUAAUUAGUCUUCUUUCUAACGCGAUCACAGAGUGCACGACGGCUGAGACAGCAGCACACAUCGACAAGGCAAUCGAAAUUCUCAAAACCACCGAACUAUACGUGCCAUCUCUGAGAGAAGAUACCGAUCCGGUAGCGACCGAUCUCGUCGGAGCAUUGCUUGCUUCACCGAGGAAGACAUGGGAAUCGAGAAGAUCGUCGGCAGAAUCGGCGCGAGCCUCGCCUACGAAAGUACUCAGCGGGGUUUCCGGUUCGCGCAUGCGAAUCAAAGGUUUCAGGGGUCCUCAAGAAAUCGCGGAAAUUCUGGAAAGAUGCCUGGAAUGGAAUUUCGAUAUAUUUAAACUGGAAAUUCUAACGGAGAAAAGGCCGCUACUCUUCUUGGGAAUGACCAUCAUGAACCUUUAUCGCGUGCCAGCCAGGCUCAGUUGUGAAGAGAAAAUCAUACAAAACUGGUUGACCGUGAUCGAGAUGAAUUAUCAGGCUCAGAACAGCUACCACAAUUCGACGCAUGCCGCAGAUGUGCUGCAAGCUACAGCUAGAUUCAUGCAAUCGGAAAGGCUGAAACAGAUCUUGGAACCAUUGGACGAGGUAGCGACUUUGGUUGCGGCUGCUGCUCACGACGUCGAUCAUCCUGGUAGAUCCAGCCAAUUUCUCUGUAACUCUGACAACAAGCUAGCUAUCCUCUACAACGACCUGUCCGUUCUGGAGUCGCACCACGCAGCUCUAACGUUCAAGCUAUCGUUAUCAGACGACAACGUCAAUAUCUUCAAAAAUUUGGAGAGGGAGACCUAUAAACAGUUUCGUCAGACUGUGAUAGACAUGAUCCUAGCCACGGAGAUGACGAAACAUUUCGAGCACUUGGCCAAGUUUAUGAACGUGUGCAGCGCGAGGAUCGUGGACAACCAACAAUUAGACGCUUACUCGGAUACCGUGGAUAUGUCAGUUGUGUUACAGCCAGAGAACGUGGUACUGGUGAAAAGAAUGAUGAUCAAGUGUGCGGACGUGUCGAAUCCGACUAGGCCGUUGAGGUGCUGCAUCGAAUGGGCCAGACGAAUUGCGGAAGAGUAUUUUAAUCAGACUGACGAAGAGAAGAAACUGAAACUGCCUGUACUGAUGCCGAUGUUCGACAGACUCACGUGCUCGAUACCAAAAGCACAGAUCGGUUUCGUCGAUUUCAUUAUCAACGACAUGGUCGAGGCGUGGGAUGCAUUUAUCGACAUGCCGGAGAUGGUGGGAUACAUGAGACAGAAUUACGAGAAAUGGAACGAAUACAACGAACGAGGCAUAUCGACUAUACAGGACAUAGAGAAAAUACAAGAGCUGCCAGAACUGAAAAUACACCACGAAGAACCAUCCUCGUGACCCAUGGAGAACAGUCGCCCCCUCACAUACUCUUUCGUCCGUCCCAAACGCAGAAGCUCUGUACAAGCGAUUUGUAAAAUAUUCGUAAUAUUUAAGAAAUAGAGAUAAAUAAAUACGACAAUAACACGUCGUGCAGUUGUAAGCUUCUUUUUUUUAGAAAAAGCACGUAAUUCAACUACCUUCGUUUCUCUUUUAUUAUCUUUUAUUAUCUACCACGUCUUCCUGACUUUCGUGAAAGUCCAUCCUAUUUUAAGUUCAUGACACCACGGAACGAAAUGCGAGGGGCUCAUGGUCGUAAAAAUAUUUCGGUUCCUUACUCAUUUCUUUUUCCUAAAUAUACCAACGGAACACACACAUAUUAUCAAAAAUAAUAAUUUCCAACAAUCAGACGACCGUGAAUAAUCAUACGAGUUGUUACACACAUUCUCUUAUUCACGUUGCAUCAUAUUGAUCUGUUAAGUAUAAAAUCUUCCAAUUGAACCCGAUUAAAUGGUAGAAAUGAAAUUUUUAAGCUGGAAUAUCGUGUGAAUCGAUCAUAUCGUAGCAGAAUUUUGUCAAAUUUCUUGAAGCCCAAUUUAUCCAUUUUCCGCUUGUUUAAUUCCAACAUCUUUUAUUUGAACGUUUCAAGAAAAUUGUUAGUUUGCAGAAAAAUUGAUAAAGUACACAUUUUACCUGAUCUCCAGGAAGGUGAGAGUUGAUUUGAAUUAAAAGAAUAUUUUUUUACGUCGGAUUUCACUUUAUUGAUUCCCUCAGCCAAUAAAAGGAAGUGUUGUGCGGGCCUAAACAGCUAAGUGUGAUACAGAGACUGUUACACAAUUCGGAACAAAGAUAUUAAAUAUAUAUCGAAGAUUCUCGUUUUUUGGAUCAGCAAAAUUUCUCGCGCAUAUAUGUUAUGCUCUUCUCUCUCUUGUAUAUAAUUUUUUCGUUUCGACACGCUUGUUUGUUACGACGGUUACAUAUAGAGAAAGUUAUUUUAAUUGUACGAUGCCUAUGAGGAAAAUCUAACACUCAUAAACAUUGUUGCUUAAUUGUACGAUGCCUAUGAGGAAAAUCUAACACUCAUAAACAUUGUAUGUGUUGUGCAGAUACAUAGUGUGAUCGGAUCAUUGUUUCAAUCGAAGAGAAAUUCAGUUUUUUUUUUUUUUAUGCUUCUCUCCGUAUACUGUAAACAUAAGCAGUUAGGAAAAAUAUAGCGCUUCCGGUGAAAGCCGUUAUCGUGGAAGAUUACACACUGAUAGAUAAAUCGGUUAUACAAACUCGGUUACCAAGUCACAAAAAUUAAUACAAGUGGAUCGUUACAAAUAACUAGUUAAUAAUAUUUAAUACGAUAUAGCUUGUAAUAUGUGUAUACCACGCAGAUUAGCUCCUAAAUGUAUCCUCUCUUUCGCUCUCUCGCUCGCUCUCUCUCCCAUUCUCAUCCUUUCUCUCUCUCCCUGACACACGAAUAAUCAAAGUCGUUUUAUCCAGUAUUAAAGAAACACGUUAAACUCUAUUACAGCCUAAGUUGAUAAAUAUGGACAAAAGAGGCAGAGCUUUUAUAUUAUAAUUAUUCAGAUAGUACUUUUUUCCUCUGCUAAUGGUGUUGUAUGCCGAAGUUGAUCCCCCCCAGAGCUCUGAUCGAUUUUCACAGAUGCCCGGAAACACAUAAAUAUUUGAGAAAAACACGGAAAUACGUUGAGAAUUAUAGAAGGUUGAAAGAGAGUUAUUACAUAUUCAUUAUCGUAAAUAUUUGGUCGAUUACGCGUUACCUAAAUGGUUUAUUAAAAAUCGUUAAGCUUACUAUUUAAUAUUAUCACUAUAAUGCCGCAUAGUAGUAUAGUAGUAAGUUUAUUCAGUUCUCUAUUCCGAGGUGUUUAAUCAACUUAAAGAGUAAAAUUAAGUUAACGUACCCUGCAUUAUAUGAUUAUAAAUCUACCAUUAUUACUCUUUUCAUCCGCUAACAAGCGCUCUUCUCCUCGCGUUACGUUCGUUUAAUCUUUGCGCAAUUAAAAUCGUUCUCCGUUCAUUCAUAUCUCGUUGGACAAGGUGGCAUAAUACCGUUUAUGAUAAUCUAACUUGCAUUAACCGCAAAUCAAUUGUCGCGAAAGUUGAAAUUCUCGUGUUACAGUAGUAGUAGUAGUGGUAAUAGUUAAAGGCGUGUAAAUGUUAAGAACGUAUAUAAUUCAAUGCUCUCUACCAUAUAUCAGGGAUUAAUCGAAUAGUUACACAGAAAUACUCUUCCAUCACAUACGUCAUUCUCGCACUUGCUUGCCAAGUAGAAAAGAAAAUUCGCCAAAUAACACGUAUCCUAGCAAGUAACAAUACAUACGCUAUGAAUUAUAAUAACGUAGAGUAUAAUAAUCCGUAAAUAGACCGUCCUUGAUUAUUUGGAAACACAUAUCCUAAAAACGAACCUUUAUUUUAUGUACCUUUUAAUUCUGCAUUUGUUUUUUUUUUCUUUUUUUUUUUUUGGUUGACAAGCACCGAGGUCCCAGGAGACCCCGAGACUCGUCGGGAUUUUUUAUCCACUUCUCUUCCAACGUUAUCCACUCGCAAGAGCAAUCGAUAACGGUUUUCAAAGUGUUCUUUUAUUUAACAUUUCUUACUUGUUUACGCACUUGUUAGACGUAUAGAACUCCUCACCAGCACGUACGUAUCGCGAACGAAUCGUACACUCCUAAUGACGUUUCGAGGACAAAUGAGACGCGAUUGCAACAGUAGUCAUGACAUAUACAUCGAAGGCUGACACAGAGUAAUCGUUAUGGGACCCAACAUCGAAGGCCGACACCGAAUAAUCGUUUUGGGACCCAACCGCCACGGUCUGGCACCGAAAUUAAUCGUUAUGGGGGACCCAAUCAUCGCGGCCUUGCACCGAAAUGCAUCGAAAUGCACCGAAAUGCACCGAAAUUAAUCGUCAUGGGACCCCAACCACCAUCGCGGUCUGGCACCGGAAUUAAUCGUUACGCGACUCCAACGUCGCGCCCCUUUCCGGUGAAUAUACACACCUCGAACGGAAACAGCUAGGAAUCGAAUACACCUGAAGUAAAGUUCGAAUGCAUCACCGUGUAAGGGUGGCGCUUUUCCAUUGGUACAGAGGUCUCUCUCUACAUAGCAAACGCGCAGCGCUCCACGAAAUUCGGGAGGCAAACAGACGAGUUCCACGGGUACACACACGCAUAUAUGCAGCGUGCUAAAAUUAUCCAAAACACUGAAUCACAGGUUGGGUUACGCACUCUUGAAAAUUCUGCCCCUCCUCGCAUUUUAAAUACGUUCUCAUCGGGUGGUGUAUUUCUAGACGCGUUAUUCAGUAAACGUGACGUGAACCAUCGUGGGAGUAUUUGAAAAUUCUGACUCCUCUGUCUCUUACUCUAUCGCGUCCGUAGACGCCUAUUUAAGCUGCUCGCGCUUCCUCGGCUCAGUCAGAUAGUCGAAAUUCGUAUCCCUGAACCGUGUGAAUUAUUUCUCAGCUCCGGUUUCAUUCUUCCACGAGUCGCAAAAAGAUUCGAAGGUGUGUGUAUAUAUGUAUAUGCGUGUGUGUGCAUGUGUACCGGGGCUUUUCUCGAGGUUUCGUCACGACUGCUAUUAGGAAAUUUCGCACACUUUCCCGAAAAGAAACAGAAUCAACGGUGCGAUUAGUUUACUUGGACGUUUCAAGAAGCUUAAGCUCUCCCCGCGUUUAGAAUUACGACGACUCGUUUCAUCGUCGUGUAUCUUAUAUUCACUUUUCUCUUUUUCCCUUAAUUCACGUAAUUCUCGUAAUUCACGUAAUUCUCGUAAUUCACGUAAUUCUCGUAAUUCACGUAAUUCUCGUAAUUCUCGUAAUUGUGGAGUCGAGUGGAAUCGGUCGGUGUUCUUACUUCUUUGCAGGACGAAAAGGAAACGCGCAACGACACCUCAUACGUACGUGAAGUGUAACCUAAAGUAGUAAGGAUCCUAAGCUGCACUUAAGGACUAGUACAAGUCUACUACACGCCCCUCUGAUCCGUUCGAAAGUGUCGAUUAGAAAUCCUUAAACUCUAAGGAACGGUGUUACUAAGUCGCAUUUUAUUUUCCUUAUCCACCUUCUCGCGCGACACACGUCUCGUAAAUUUGAAUGUAACGAUUAUUCGUGUUAUGUUAAUCGAUUAUUGUCGACGAUAUUAUCCGUUUGCUGCGCGCGCGUACACAGGAUGGUGAUCGACGCGGGCGACUUGUUCAUGAAAAAGACUAACACGUUAUUCUCUUUAGUCAGGAUUCGUAUUCUAUACCACACGCGCGUUUACACGACACGCGCGUUUACACGACACGCGCCCCUUCAUCCCCUUACUAAACACUAACGAAGUUUCGCGCAUGAAUAUAUCGAGGAUAAUAGCUUCCCUUCUCGUAACGUCGAAAUUUGUUAAGUAGUAGUAGUUUAGUAGUAGUAGUAGUAGUAAUGAUAGUAGUAGCACUUGGAAACUUAGCGUACUAACUUAUACGUUAAAAUGCAAUCGUCGAAAAGCAUGAUUUAACAGCUAAGUGUGUAUUCAUCAUCGCCUUUCGCGCUACAGCGAUGACACGCGUUUUAUCGAAAAACAGCGCUUUUCCAUUCUUUCCUCGCUAUGCCUAUCGCCGAGUUUUCUCUCCUAACAACUCUCUCCUAACUCUCUCCUCCCUAACUCGUCGCUUUAACACGUUAUUAGAUUAUUUCCUUUCCUCACUGUACGUUAUUAUUGCAUUUCUUUGUUCAGUUUCAACGGGUUUUCGAUGAUCGUAGGAAUCAGUAGAAACGUUCUUAAUGCCGAAAUAUAGAUGACGAUCGAGGAACGUAAUUGCUAUGUUCUUCGACCCGAUUUUCCAAUUCAAAGAGUCUCCUCGAUCUUCGCGUAACUCUGGUAUUUUCUGUAGUCGGGAUUCGAACAUGCGUAUACGUGGCAGGUGUAUACACGAUUUAUGCGACCACCUCCUGGCCACCUCUUACACCUUCGCUUCGACUAUCCCUAGGAAACAAGGGUGGUGUGCCUGUUUGGGGCCCUGUUACGAUUUUUCUUUGUCCUCCGUCCUUUCCCUAAACACCUAACUCUUACUAACACGUAACCUAAGUUGCGGUAUAACUUACAUUAUGCGUAAUUCGAUGGAAAUGCAAUAAUGUCCUAUUAUCUCUCGUUUUAUAACCCCCUUUCUAACCUCCUAAAAUGUUUUACGACCACGCUUUCUCGCAAACGUGCACACCCAUUUUCACCGAAGAAACGCAUCCGCCAUCUUCCUCCUACGAGAAAAGAGGGGGAAAAAAAAAAAAAAAAAGAAAUUCGUCACGCGGUUCUUGCUAAAAUUCUGAACAGAAAUUCUCGUUACUCGCGGAUGGUUGGCGUAAAAUCUACCACACGUGUGCGAUUCGUCUCGUCGAAGUAACGAUAUUAAUCCCAUCUCUCCCGGUUUCAUUUUUCAUCUUGAAUCAAGAAUUUUGAAUUCGUCGUCGAAUCAUCCACGAUUAUCCCCCGCGUGAUUGUUAUAUCGGAUUGUACGUAUAUCUUUAUCUCGCGAUUUAUUACCUUAUCGUUUGAAAUAGUCGGAUCGCGUUAUUUUCAUCGUGUUGGAAUAUGUAUAAACGUGACUAUCGAAUUGUAUCCGCGUGCAAG